AUGACCGCAGUUGAUGACUUUGACCCAGCAGCAAACAUCCACUACGCUGCUCUAAAUAAUGAAAUUACGCGGGAGCUAACGGCAUUGGGAUUGACAUUUAGGGAUGUCGAGAACGACAACUUGCCUUGGGUCCAGAUUGCAGAAAUCUCUUUUGAAAAGGAAGUCGAACCAUUCUUCCUGGAUGCCUCGGGGAACAAAGUUGAGAAGCCUUACGUGAAUGGGUGCAGUGAAGAUAUUAUUUGGACUACCUUUUGGGUGGUCCAAAAGGGAUACAGUUUCUACUCCCAGCAGUCCGAUGAUCUUGUCUUUGUCGGAAGGGCGAAGAAGACCCCGAGUACAGGAGCGUCCGCUGUGCAAUCAGCUUCAUUGGUCGAGUGGAUCAAAUGCAAUUCGAAACUAGGGAUUCUCACGUUUAAAAAAUGGGACUCUCACGUUUACGAGCGGGCCGUUGAACUUCGCCAAUCUGCAAGCAUUGUCAAUCCCGUCAUUCAACCGAAACCAUUUUCUUCCUACCGACGACACAAACUAUCAAAACUCAGCCAAGAUCAAUCAGAAAUGGGCCUUAUAGAAGACUUCAAUAACAUCUCCAUCGCUGAUACCAGUGGCAAGCCCUCUGUAUGGAAAAGAGUGAUUAAGUAUCCGGACCAUCGGACCUACGUCUGUUUUCCUUGUCCAAGAGGAGUGAAAUCAAGAGAUGACAUCAAGCUUGAAUUCAAGAGCUCGACCGAGAUUGUAAUCAAACGAAGGCUGCCAGUGGAAUGUUUGGAUACUACGGUCCUUCUUGAUGGCAUUACAACGGUGUGCAGUGACUCAAACACCCAUGACAUUGUCCUUGUCAAAUCGGCACAGGAACAGGCAAGCAAUGCAGGCGUCAAACUCGAAAAUGUCAAGAAGGGGACACAGACCAUCUGGAACGAGCUCGACACCAUCAAGUUCGAUUUCAAAACUACCAAGAAGCUCUUAGAUCCGAAUGGGAACCACACAACGAGAUUCUAUGUUGGAUCUGACGGUGGCGACACAGUGUGGGUGACCUUCUGGGUGGAGAAAGAAAACGAUUUGGUACCGGUUGAAUCCAAUGACUUCCAAUUCGUUGGGACAAUGUUUAAAAAGAAAAGAUCCAGCCCGACAUAG